AUGAAGAGCUGUUUGUCCCUCUUUUUUAUGAGCACAAUCAUCACACUAUCCACUGCUGGCAGUGUAAGGCUGGUCGGUGGCAGCAGCCCAUGUAAUGGAAGAGUGGAGGUUUUUCAUGAUGGUCAGUGGGGAACGGUGUGUGAUGAUGGAUGGAAUAUUGACGCUGCAACAGUGGUGUGCAAAGAGCUGGGGUGUGGCAAACCGGUACGUGCGGUUGGCCUCGCUCACUUUGGAGAAGGAUCAGGGCAAAUCUGGUUGGAUGAGGUGAAGUGUGAUAGAUCAGAUUCUACACUGAAGAACUGUGGAUCAUCCGGCUGGGGUGUUAGCAACUGCAAGCAUAACCGCAUUCCCAGACUUGUAAAUGGAUCCCAUGUGUGCUCUGGGAGAUUAGAGAUACUUCAACUGAAGACGUGGCGCACGGUGUGUGAUGCUGGAUUUGAUCUUCAGGAUGCAGAGGUUGUGUGUAGAGAGCUGAACUGUGGGGUUCCUGUACAGCUGCUUGGAGCAGAUGCUUUUGGUGAAGGAGAGGGACACGUGUGGACACAAGAGAUUCAAUGUUACUCACAGGUUACACUGGUAAAUGGUUCAGACUCCUGUUCUGGUCGAGUUGAGCUUCAGUACCUGGAUGAGUGGGGCACAGUGUGUGAUGGGUGCAUGAAUAUGAGAGCCGCCAGUGUUGUCUGUAGACAGCUGAAUUGUGGGAUUGCUGUGUCUGUUGUGGGAGUGGACUGGUUUGGAGAGGGAUCUGAUUCCUCUCUCUCACUUCAUGAUGGUGGUGUGAGGUUGUCUGGAGAGAGAGAGUGUGAGGGGGAGCUGGAAGUUUACAUUGAUCAGGUCUGGAGGAGAGUUCUGCUGGACUCAUGGAGUGUCACUGAAUCCUCUGUGGUCUGCAGACAGCUGGGCUGUGGCUCUGUGCUGAACUUCUCUGGCUCCUCUUCAUCCAAUGCUGAACACAGUCAUGAGUGUGUGAUGGGCUUCAAGUGCUCUGGGACUGAACAUCAUCUGAGGAACUGCAUCAGCUCUACUCAAACUCUCAACUGCAGCUCCACACAACACCUGUCAAUCACCUGCCUUGAUGAGAGGUGGAUCAGGUUGGUGGGAUCUGGUGGAGAUUGUGCAGGGAGGCUGGAGGUUUUUCACAAAGGCUCAUGGGGGACAGUGUGUGAUGACUCCUGGGAUAUUAAAGAUGCUCAUGUGGUGUGCAGACAGCUGCAGUGUGGAGUGGCUCUCAGUGAUGUACCAGCCUGGUUUGGUCCUGGUUCUGGACACAUAUGGCUGGAUGAUGUGAACUGUGAGGGGAAUGAGACGUCUCUGUGGAACUGCUCUUCACGGGUCUGGGGAGAUCAUGACUGUAACCACAAGGAGGAUGUAGGAGUCAUGUGCUCAGAUUUCAAAGAGAUCAGGUUAAGUGAAGGCUGUGAAGGGAAUGUGGAGGUUUUCUACAAUGGAUCCUGGGGUCAUGUUUGUAUAAAUCAGAUGGACAGAGACACAGCGAGUCUGAUCUGUCAGGAGCUCAACUGUGGAAGAUCUGCCAGUGAACCCAGUUAUUCCGUUGGUCUAAUACCAACUACAAAUUGGUUGGAUUAUUUAAAAUGUCGAAAACAUGACAAUACAUUGUGGCAAUGUCCCUCUUUACCCUGGGGUCUGAAUAGCUGUUAUUAUAACGAGGUGGCCAGAAUCACUUGCUUUGAGGAAAAAAGUGAUUUGUCCCCACGGAGUCAUCUGACCUGUUCUACAUCCCACCAGAGACAAUGUUCAAAUCAAUUUCCUCUCAGACUGAGUGGAGGUAAAGGCAGGUGUUCUGGGAGGCUGGAGGUGUAUCAUAACUCUGAGUGGGGUUCAGUCUGUGAUGAUCUGUGGGACAUCAGAGAUGCUCAGGUGGUCUGCAGGCAGCUGGGUUGUGGAGCAGCAUUGAGUGCUGAUGGGAAUGAAGCGUUUGGUGCUGGUGAAGCUGUUGUGUGGCUGAACAGAGUCGAGUGCAGAGGGACUGAGAUUCACCUGUGGGACUGUCCUCACGUCCUGAAAAAACACACUGACUGCUCACACAAAGAACGUGUUGAACUCAUCUGUGCAAAUUUGUCUGUGUCCACAACUUCUGUCACAACACCAGCAGCUUUUCCUUCAGUUUCUCAGACUAGCAGGAGAGCAGUGCCAUCAACAUCAGUGACUCGAGCACAAACUCCUCCAUCAGAGUCUCUCUUCAUUUCUCCAGUGGUUGUGAUUGUUCUGGGAGUUUUGCUCCUCCUGCUCUUAGUGCUGCUGCUGAUACUGAUUCAACACAACAGAGUGAUGAGGAGAGACAUUGAGGUCAUACAGGUUUCAACAGACAACUAUGAUGUCAUCAGUAAUGGACUUGGGUACGAAUCAGCUGACGCCUGUGAUGAUGGGAAACCAAUGAGAGCAGCAUGUUACAUAUUUCAAACUGCAUCUGCUAAAGAAUUAUUUUUAGAGGAAACACUGGAGAAUUAUGAUGAUGCCAUCACUUGUGGACAAAGAAUCAGUGCUGUAAGAGUGUUUGCGGAAUCUGCGACCGUAACGGAAGUGGAGAGUGUGUACAAUUCCUGCAAUUAA